AUGGUUGAGACCCGCAGCACGGUUGACCUGCAAAAGGAAGCCACCAACAUCAUUCUGGAGGCUAAUAAGACGGGGAACAUGGACAUUACUCGUAUACAAGCAAUACCUCCGAAGAUCUGGGGCCAGGUCUGUACUGCGUUAGAUAUUGAACGACUGAUUAACUAUAACCAGUUACUAAUGCAACCUAAGUACAUGAAAGAACUGCAAGACGUGCUCGCCGCCCGCAUAGAGGCCGAAAAGCCUGCUUUUACACACAGAAAGAUACAAGAGGCUGCGGCCGGACAAGCUACGACCAACAAACCACCCGCGAAUCGACCACCUACGCUGGACCUAACUUCGGUUGGCCAACAGGCACCCAUGUUAGAAGAAGUAUACUACAGCGAACACAGCUCGACACCCAGAGCUCGUGAUAAAAGGCAUACGAUAACGACGGACGGAUGGGCGAAUAUCGAUUAUCUGAUGGGCGACCCGGCUCAUAUGCUGAACCAACUACGUGGUGUACGAAUGUCACCCGAAAAGGCAUUUGAGACGAGGAACAAGAUCCUGCGAAAGGCUCUGGUCGACCCUGAGAUAGAUAAUACGGAUAAGCUAAUUAUCCGCGUCAACCAGCUCAUAGAUCAGGGAUUAAUAACCCAUGACUUGUCAGUCAACGUACUUUUAAGCUGCACAGUAUACGGAGAUACUUCGAGACAUCUGUUGGCCGACUGGCAACCUUGCACCUUCUCGUCUGUCUGUGCGGGUCGGAUCCUCAGCUGUCGGCGAUAUAGUGGUGCGGCACUAGUCAGUGGAUAG